AUGUUGGCCGGGUGUUCUAGUUCAACAUUGCUGUCACCAAGGCAUAGAUUGAGGAGUGAAUCACCCGCGCAGUUUCAAGCUUGCCAUUUUCAGUUACCUUCAAUGAACACACAGAGAUUGGACUUGCCAUGUACUUUCUCUCGCAAAGAAUCAUCGCGGUCGCAGCCCAUUAGGCCUGUUGGUGUUGGCCUGUCAGUGGACAAAGCUCUUGAGUCCAAGACCAGCAGUUGCUCCCUGAAGCAGAAUAUCAGGCUCCCACCAUUGGCAACAAGCAAUCAAUCAGUGAAAGAUGAGUUUUGGGAGAAGGGUAAGAGCUUGAAGAGGUUUGCAGAGCAAUCAGUUGACGAGUCUUGCAUUAAUAGAGCUAAGAGAAAAAGGGGUAACAAUGAUCAUGGUAAACCUGAUGAUAUUUGUGAAGGUGGUGAUAGUUUGAGUUUAGGCCAGUUGGGGAGUGGCAAUUUUUGGUUUCAACCAAGUUUGGAGGUGCCUAGAGGCCUGAACCCUCAACAAUUUCCUUUCUCCUUGACUUGUUCAGGAGAUGAGGAGAGGGUUUACUUUGUGCCUAGCGAAGUGAUUUCGCCGCCUUUGCCAUUGUCUAACAAUCCAUGGGUGGACUCUGUUAUAACUGAGAUCACUGACCUAGGUGAAAAAGAUGGAGAGAGUAGCCAAAGGCCAGUAAAAGAAGCCUCGGGUUCAAGUACUUCAUCAGAGAGUCAAAGCUUAGGCCUUAGGCUAAGCGAGAAUGUGGUGGAGCAUGAAGUGGGUAAUGGCUCUAGCAUUCCUCAUCCACAAGAAGGCACUACGGUGGAGGCUGCAGAGGAGGAUCAGAGAGAGUUUCAGGGGUUUGAGCUUGUUAGCUUACUUACAGCUUGUGUUGAAGCAAUUGGGUUGAAGAAUAUAGCGGGGAUCAACCAUUUUAUAGCUAAACUGGGGGAGCUUGCUUCUCCAAAAGGAAUUCCUAUUAGCCGCCUUGCUGCUUAUUAUACCGAGGCCUUGGCUCUUAGAGUUACAAGGCUUUGGCCUCACAUUUUUCAUAUAACUGCUCCUCGGGAACUUGAUCGAGUUGAUGAUGAUUCAGGGACUGCAUUGAGGCUUCUGAAUCAGGUGAGCCCAAUUCCAAAGUUCAUUCACUUCACGUCGAAUGAGAUGUUGUUGAGGGCUUUUGAUGGGAAAGAUAGGGUUCAUAUUAUAGACUUUGACAUUAAGCAAGGGCUUCAAUGGCCUAGCUUUUUCCAGAGUUUGGCCUCCAGGACUAAUCCUCCUAGCCAUGUUAGAAUCACUGGUAUAGGCGAGUCUAAGCAAGAGCUUAAUGAGACAGGAGAUAGGCUUGCUGGAUUUGCUGAAGCAUUGAACCUUCCUUUCGAGUUCCAUCCAGUUGUGGACAGGUUAGAAGACGUGAGGUUGUGGAUGCUUCAUGUGAAGGAGAGGGAGUGCGUGGCUAUUAAUUGUGUUUUCCAGAUGCACAAGACUCUAUAUGAUGGGAGUGGAGGAGCAUUGAGGGAUUUCUUGGGACUUAUCCGAAGCACAAACCCCACAAUAGUCCUUAUGGCAGAGCAAGAAGCUGAACACAAUGCCCCUAAUUUGGAAACAAGAGUUUGCAAUUCGUUGAAGUACUACUCUGCCAUUUUUGACUCGAUUGAUUCUAGCCUUCCAUUUGACAGCCCGGUUAGGAUCAAAAUAGAGGAAAUGUAUUCUCGGGAAAUCAGAAACAUUGUUGCUUGUGAAGGAAGCGAUCGGCAUGAAAGGCAUCAAAGUUUUGACAAGUGGAAGAAGUUGAUGGAACAAGGAGGGCUCCGGUGCGUGGGAAUCAGUGAGAGGGAAAUGCUUCAGAGCCAAAUGCUAUUAAAGAUGUUCUCUUGUGAUAAUUACAAAGUUAAGAAGCAAGGGCACGAGGGAGCGGCGCUCACUCUAAGUUGGUUAGAUCAGCCUCUCUACACAGUCUCAGCGUGGACUCCUUUAGACAUUGCAGGGAGUUCAUCCUCUUUUUCUCAGCCAAGUUGA